UCAUGUAUAACUUGUUUCGCAGAAUCAUUCUACUUAGAUCUCCAUCCUCAGUCUUUUCUCACGGAUUUUCCGAAUGUCCGUUGAAAUCUCUCAGAUACUUAUCCACUUCUUCUGAGAUUGUAUCGUCUCCGAAAUCUGCUUCGUUGCCUUCUAAUGUUGUUCAGCUCAUGAACAAUCGGAAGGCAAUAAUUGCGUUUUUUGAGAAUCAUGGAUUCUCUGAAUCACAAAUCUCUGACUUUGUUAAGAAGGUCCCUUUAAUGCUCUCCGAGAACCCCGAGACCCUGUUUCCCAUAUUGUUGUUUUUUCAAUCUAAAGGUCUUUCUUCCUCAGCGAUAACCAAAUUAGUAUGUUCAGUUCCUCAAGUUUUAAAACGAAGUUUAAACCAAGAAAUUAUUCCAGUCUUUGAUUACAUUCAAGCCGUGCUUGGAACUGUGGAGAAGACUGUCACUACCAUAAAACGCUUUCCGCGUAUUCUUGGUUGGAAUCUUCGAAUUUCAGUUGGUCCUAAUAUUGAAAUUCUGAAACAACUUGGAGUGCCAGAUUCAAAUAUUUCAACUUAUCUUCAGCGGCAGCCUAAAAUGUUCUUCACAAGUUCCAUACAAUUCAAGGAGAUUAUAGAGAGAGUUAUGGAAAUGGGAUUCAGCCCUCAACGAUUGCAGUUUCUUGUUGCUGUUUUUGCUCUGCGAUCAUUGACCAAAUCUUCAUGGGAUAAGAAGCUUGAAGUUUAUAGGAAAUGGGGAUUGUCUGAAGAAGAUUUCAGAAUAGCUUUUAGAAGGAAUCCUAUGUGUAUUACGUUUUCUGAGGAUAAGACCAAUAGUGUAAUGGAUUUUUUUGUCAACAAAAUUGGAUGCCAAUCAUCUUUCGUCGCUAGAAAACCAGUUUUAAUUUCACUUAGUUUGAAGAAGAGGAUUUUUCCUAGAGGCUAUGUUUAUCAAGUUUUGUUGUCAAAGGGUUUGAUUAAAAAGCACAAGAAGAUUAUUUUGUUGUUUGAGUCUCCUGAAAAGCGUUUCAUAGAAAAAUUCAUCAACCCUCAUAAGGAGCAGAUUCCUGGAUUGUUGGAGUUGUAUGAACAGAAAUUAAUGGAUUCUAGAAAAUGAAGAGACGCCGAUGCACCGCUGAUCGCCGAUGCUUCGCUGCCGUUCGUUUUUCUUCUCUGUUCUCUCACAGCUUCAUCCUCUUGUGACGCAUUUGUAGUUUCUCCCAUUCCCAUUCUUCUUCUCAAGAAAGAACCAACAGGUCUGUCUUCCUUCUCCUCGCAGUUUUUACAGACAUGUCUAACUUGUUUCGCAGAAUCCUUCUACUUAGAUCUCCAUCGUCAGUCUUUGCUCACGGUUUUUCCGAAAGUUCGUUGAGAUCUCUUAGAUACUUAUCGACCUCUUCUGAGAUUGUAUCAUCUCCGAAAUCUGCUUCGUUGCCUUCUAAUGCUGUUCAGCUCAAUAAUAAAGGGAAGGCUGUAAUUGAUUUACUUGCGAAUCAUGGAUUCUCUGAAUCACAAAUCUCUUACCUUGCCGAGAGGUAUCCUCCAAUUCUUUCUUUCAACCCCGAGAAAAACCUGUUGCCCAAAUUGUUGUUUUUUCAAUCUAAAGCUCAUUCUUCCUCAGAGAUUUUCGAAAUAUUACGUUCAGAUCCUUGGGUUUUAUCAAAUAGUUUAAACAAACGAAUUAUUCCAGCCUUUGAUUACCUUCAAGCCGUGCUUGGAAGUGAGGAGAAGACUCUCGCUACCAUAAAACAGUUUGCGCGUAUUCUCGGAUUGGAUCUUCGAAAUGCAGUUGGUCCCAAUAUUGAAAUUCUGAAACAAAUUGGAGUGCCGGAUUCAAAUAUUUUAAAAUAUCUUCAGUACCAGCCUAGAGUGUUCAUGACAAAUUCCAUCCAAUUCAAGGAGACUGUAGAGAGAGUUAAGGAAAUGGGAUUCAACACUCAACAAUGGCAGUUUGUUGAUGCUGUUUUUUGUCUGCGAUCAAUGACCAAAUCUACAUGGGAUAAAAAGGUUGAAGCUUAUAGGAAAUGGGGAUUGUCUGAAGAAGAGAUCCGUUCAGCUUUUAGAAAGCAUCCACGGUGUAUGACAUUUUCUGAGGAUAAGAUUAAUGGUGCAAUGGAUUUUUUUAUCAAUAAAAUGGAAUACGAAUCAUCUUUCGCUGCUAGAAGACCAAUUUUACUUCAACUUAGUUUGAAGAAGAGGCUUUUGCCUAGAGGCCAUGUUUAUGAAGUUUUGCUGUCAAAGGGUUUGAUUAAAAAGCACCAGAAUCUUCCUUUCUUGUUGAAGUCUCCUGAAAAGCAUUUCAUAGAAAAAUACAUCAACCCGCAUAAGGAGCAGAUUCCUGGGUUGUUGGAGUUGUAUGAAGAGAAAUUAAUGGAUUCUAAGAGAUGAACAGGUUCGAUGUCCUUGAAAUUUUAAUAUCAAACUGCAUUGUUAGUUGAUAUGUGUAGUAGAUUGUGUUGGUAUCCCUAUUUUUGUUCAUCCUUGGUUUGCAUCUUCUUUAUGGCUUCUGCAUUCGUAUUGUGUUAACAUAAAUAUAAUUUGUUUGAGAUCA